AUGGUGGUCGCAACGAUCAAAUGCGUGGUCGUCGGUGACGGUGCUGUGGGCAAGACGUGUCUCCUGAUCAGCUACACGACAAACAAGUUUCCUUCGGAAUACGUUCCUACAGUCUUUGACAACUAUGCAGUCACUGUUAUGAUCGGUGACGAGCCAUACACGUUGGGACUCUUUGAUACAGCCGGUCAGGAAGAUUACGACCGACUUCGACCUCUGUCCUACCCUCAAACAGAUGUCUUCCUUGUAUGCUUCAGCGUCACUUCUCCGGCCUCGUUCGAAAACGUGCGGGAGAAGUGGUUUCCAGAAGUUCACCACCACUGCCCCGGCGUCCCCUGCCUGAUUGUUGGCACGCAAACCGAUUUGCGCGAUGAUCAAAGCGUCAGGGAGAAGCUGGCAAAGCAAAAGAUGCAACCCGUGAGGAAAGAGGAUGGUGAGCGGAUGGCCAAGGAGCUGGGCGCUGUCAAGUACGUCGAGUGCAGUGCUUUGACGCAAUAUAAGCUUAAGGACGUAUUCGAUGAGGCAAGUUUGCAAACCAUCUUUUCCUCGGCAGAGACAUAUACAUGUCGAUGA